AUGACGAACAAUGAUAAACUAGAGCCCAUUACCAUCAGCGAUGUGCGAGAAAUCGCAAAGAAGCGUUUGCCCCGUCAAGUUUGGGAUUACUACACGACUGGGGCUGAUGAAGAACGUACGGUCCGCAGAAAUGAAGCAGCCUUCCAAGAGCUGUUGAUUCGCCCCCGGGCUCUGCGCAAUGUAAGCAAUAUCGAUACCGCGACUACCAUUUUCGGCAAACGUUAUGAAAUCCCCAUUGCCAUCGCCCCGAGUGCGUACCAAAAACUCGCGGGCGGUAAUGGUGAGAUUGACGUCGCACGUGCAACCUCUGAACUGGGAACCAAUGUCAUCCUCUCCAGCAACGCAACUACGACACUCGAGGACGUUGCCCAGGCACUGUCGGGCCGGAGACCCGAGGAUCCCGCGCCUUGGUUUCAGCUGUACUUUCUCAAGUCCAGGGACCUCACGGCUGGAUUGGUGCAGAGGGCGGAACGGGCGGGCUACGAAGCCUUGGUGUUGACAGUCGACACGCCCAUUCUCGGCAACCGACUCCACGAGCGCAGAGAGCCGUUGCAGCUACCGCCAGGCGUGGCAAUGGCGAACGCACCUGCGAGGAGGGCCGGGGCUAUAUCUAAAGCCGGCCUCCUGCUCAGAGCCAAAACAGCUGCUGAACAUAGAGAAUUAGCCAAGGAGCAUGCCGACUCGCUGGUGGAUAGCAGCCUCGACUGGGCGGAAGUUAUUCCCUGGCUCCGCUCUCAGACCAAGAUGAAAAUCCUUUUGAAGGGCAUCUUGACGGCGGAAGAUGCAGAGCGGUCACUCGAUGCAGGCGUGGAUGGUAUUAUAGUCUCUAAUCACGGCGGGCGUCAGCUUGACGGAGUUUCGUCAACCUUGGAAGCGCUUCCCGAAAUUGUUGACGUAGUUCGGGGCAAAAUCCCCGUAAUAUUAGAUGGAGGAAUAAGUCGUGGUAGUGAUGUGUUCAAGGCACUUGCCCUGGGCGCAGACUUGUGCUUGAUUGGCCGAACGGCUCUAUGGGGUCUUGCGUGGGAUGGGCAGAAGGGCGUAGAAGGUGUUUUGCAUAUACUGGAGAGAGAACUCGCGAGAACAAUGGCUCUUGCAGGUACGCCAAGCCUGGUGGAUAUAUCGAGGAACAUGCUUGGACGGGCCAAGAGGGAUGGAUUCGGCAUUGCCAAACUAUAG